GGGCCUGCGAUCAUAAACAAAAAACUGUGGAUUUGGCGCACGCGUAGAUGACUWUUAGUACUCUAAUGACAAAUGGCGACAAAAUGGUAGACAGACGGUAACUUCAUCUUUUUUUCACAUUAUUAGCGAAAUUUACUUAGUGGAUUCUUGUAAAACAGAAUAUACAGKUAAAUCAUGGCAGUGGAUACCAAUUCAGCAGCCUUUGAACUGGGAUAUUUUUCAUCGAACUCGCCCAAUUCAACGGGAAAAUCAAAUCAAAUCAACAACAAGACUCAAAUGAAACACAUGUCAGAACGUCAUCCCAAACAAACGCUUGAUGCUUUACAAGCCUUAAGACAAUGUGAAGAUCUAUGUGAUGUAGUUAUCAAGGUUGGAUCUAAGUCUAUUGUUGCUCAUCGUGUUGUUCUGGCYGCUUGUAGCCCGUAUUUUCGAGCCAUGUUUACCCGAGAAAUGGCGGAAAGUCGCCAAAGUGAAAUCACAAUUCAAGAUAUCGACGAAUAUGCGAUGGAAAUUCUAAUCGAUUUUUCAUAUACUGCUAGUAUUACUAUCAAAGAAGAGAAUGUACAAGCAUUACUACCAGCAGCUUGCUUACUUCAAUUGACUGAAAUCCAGGACAUUUGCUGCGAAUUUCUAAAGCGACAGUUAGAUCCAUCAAAUUGUUUGGGAAUUCGAGCGUUUGCUGACACACACUCAUGUCGAGAUCUCCUUCGUGUAGCGGAUUUAUUUACACAACACAACUUUCAAGAAGUCAUCGAAAGCGAUGAAUUUUUACUUCUUCCAGUCAACCAACUAGUAGAUAUUUUGUCAAGUGAUGAACUUAAUGUCAAAUCAGAGGAACAGGUGUAUUUUGCAGUCAUUAGUUGGAUGAAACAUAACAUUACAGAGAGAAGAGCCUAUUUACCUCAAAUUCUCCCCCAUGUUCGACUUCCUCUGCUUGGACCUAAGUUUCUUGUAGGUGUGGUGGGUGCUGAUGUGCAUAUAAAAAGUGACGAAACAUGUAGGGACUUAGUUGAUGAAGCCAAAAACUAUCUGUUGUUGCCUGAGCAGCGUCUGCUCAUGCAAGGACCAAGAACAAGGCCACGGAAGCCCACCAAAUGUACUGAAGUUAUUUUUGCUGUUGGUGGUUGGUGCAGYGGUGAUGCUAUUAGUAGUGUUGAAAGAUAUGACCCUCAGACUAGUGAAUGGAAGAUGGUGGCUACAAUGAGUAAACGRCGAUGUGGAGUAGGCGUGGCAGUGUUGGAUAAUUUGUUAUAUGCUGUAGGUGGUCAUGAUGGAAGUAGUUACCUGAACAGUGUGGAACGAUAUGAUCCCAAGACUAACCAAUGGAGCAGUGAUGUAUCACCCACUAGUACUUGUAGGACUAGUGUUGGAGUAGCUGUACUUAAUGGGUUCAUGUAUGCUGUUGGUGGUCAAGAUGGCGUCUCCUGCCUUAACAUUGUUGAAAAGUAUGACCCCUCUGAAAACCGCUGGUCAAGAGUGGCACCUAUGAGUACUAGACGGCUGGGUGUUGGUGUAGCGGUUCUGGACAUGUUUCUAUAUGCAAUAGGGGGAUCUGAUGGAACAUCUCCAUUAAGCACAGUAGAGAAAUAUGACCCAAGUACAAAUAAAUGGACAGCAGURUGUCCCAUGGGAACAAGGAGAAAACAUUUGGGUGCUGCAGUGUUUCAAGAUAAACUUUAUGUUGUUGGAGGAAGAGAUGAUUCCACAGAGUUGAGUAGUGCYGAGUCAUAUGAUCCUAAAACCAACCAAUGGACACCUGUUGUUGCUAUGAAYUCACGACGCAGUGGUGUUGGGCUUGCAGUUGUGAAUGGUCAGCUCCUUGCAGUAGGGGGGUUUGAUGGGACCACAUAUCUUAAAACAAUUGAAAUWUUUGACUCAGUUUCAAAUCAAUGGAAAAUGUCAGGGGGAAUGAACUAUCGUAGGCUCGGGGGAGGGGUAGGUGUGGUGAAACUUCCUUUAAGUGAUACAGUUGGUUGCUAGGAGAAAUCAUUUUGAAUCUUCUUUGGCAUAUUUUCCAUUUUGUAUUUUAGGUAUAUUGUUUCUUGAUUAUGUUCAGCAUGGGGUUUUGAACUGSAUGCAUUGUAUAUCAAUCCAAAGCUAUAGUGACUAAACAGAGCAGCAUAGAGAGAAUUAAACGUGAUAUUUAUUGGAGAGAAACAAAAAACUCGGCAACUAACAUACACAUCAACAAAAAUGAUCAAACAUCAAUAUAGCAAAACAUUACACAAACAACAAAUAUUGACACAGGGUCCUAGCUACGCCUUGAAAUCCUUSGAAAGGUCUGGAAUUGACAACUCAUUUUCAAGGACACUUGAAAAACCCUUGGAAAUAGGAAAAAAAUAUUCCUGGAAAAUAAUGCAAAUUACWUUGCAUGUCUCUUUAAAAGGAGGACAUUUUCACCAACACAAAAUGUCCAGAAACAACUUUAAAAAAUUAUCUUUCAAAAUCGACGUUUUGUGCUUUAAAAGUACUUGAACAUUCCUGGAAUUUAGCUUGAACCCYGUUGACAUUUAUUCAUUUAUAUUUCCACAUCACCCCUCCAAAUCAYAGGCUGUGUUUUAUUAAUUCAUAUUAUUAUAGCAAUUAUUAACCUGGAAGUUGAAGUAGAGUGAUUUUUUCCAUGAAUAGCAAAUCUAAAAUGACUUUAGUAAGUUUAGUUUAUCAAAACCAAAAAUUGAUCAUUUUCAACCAUUCCCACGAGAUUCGUUAGAUAAAAGACCGGCAGCCAUGUUGGAGGAAUAAACAAUAGAUACUAAUGASAAAUACUUUGUUGAAGUUCCUCGAAGAUGGCCGCUGUGACGUAACCUGAAAACGAAGAAUAKUUUACAAGGUAGCCAUGUAUCUUAUUGAGACAAGUGAAAAAUGAUAGAAACCUUUGAAUGAUUGUGUUUGCUCACCAAUCAUCUUGUUUCCGACAUUGUGGAGAACUGUGUUUGUACGAUGUUUCUACUAUUAUUCUAACGUUGUAUCUUAGCAAUAUUGAAUUUAACAUGACCCACCUGAAUGUGGAAGUACUAUAUAUUGUCUAAAAGAGAAAUCUUAACCCAAACAUAACAAAUUAUUAUCGCGUUUACGUUGAAAUCGAAAUAAUGUUGUACUUAGUAAAAUAUUGGUGUGUAUAUAGAAAAUAAAAUGUAAUUUAUUGUA